AGUGACUUUUUAACUCAUGUGUGUAGAUUAACAUGUGUGUCACACACUAGGACGCACACACAGUUUCCUCCUGGACUUCUGAUCAUAUCUUGGACACACUUACUCGGAGACUAGACCUAUCGCAUCCUUUGAAAUCAUGGCGGUGGACGGUUGUGGGAAGUUUCUGAAGUAUUCCAUGUUUCUGUUUAACAUCGUCAUCGUGAUAGCGGGUUGUUGCUUAGUAGGGUUUGGUAUCUACACAAAGACCAAUCAUGUUGGAAUAACACGUGUAUCAUCUGUUCUUGGCGGUAAUCUCGUCGUCACCCUUUCCCUUCUCCUCAUCAUCGCCGGAGCCAUCGUCAUCCUUCUCUCUUUCCUUGGCUGUUGUGGUGCCAUCAAGGAAAUUCGCUGCAUGCUAGUAACUUUUUUCGUGUUGCUGUUUGUGAUGUUCGUCGGUUUCGUGGUGAGCGCAGUACUGGUGUAUGCAUUCCGGGCAAAGAUAGAAAAGUACACUUUAGAGCACCUGCGUGGGUCACUGUACAACGACUACGGGUUCGAACCCCAGGUCACUGAGGCAUGGGACUCCAUGCAACAGAUCUUUAAAUGUUGUGGAGUGGAAGGAGACGUGAACUCCACCAGUUCCUGGGCCUUUUACAAGAAGCACUCGGCGUGGUUCCUUAACCAGACAGCUCCAAUCAAGUACGUGCCGGACAGUUGUUGUGCUGACCCAACCAGUACCCCUAACAGGACCAUGUGUAUAGGCCAAGCCCUCCGCAAUAUCGCCCCGGCAUAUGGACCACCUGUCCCUCCGGAGAAGAACAACAACCAAAUGUUUGAAAAGGGAUGUUACACACAGCUGGAAGGGUUUUUAUCGGAAAAUAUAAAAAUCUUGCUGGGGGUGCUUUCGGGAAUAGCGUUUGUUAUGAUACUGGGGAUGGUAUUUUCUGUUUGUUUGUGUCGACGGAUACAGGACGAUUUUUAUUGUGAUUGAUGAAAAGUGGACACGUGUACAGAAAUAUAGAAAACCUGGAGGGGUAUCGAACAGAAGUCUCCUGUAGUUAUCUACGAAGAACUUUGUGUAGUCAGCGAUAGAAGAGUACCGAAGUCGAAGUCGGUCCUAAACGUAACAGAGUGACACAAUGAGAAAGAUUUCAUAAGGGUGCAUGCCGAACAAAAGGCCCUAAAUAUUUAUAUGACUGUUAAUGUAAACACACGAGGGACACCGGAUGUGUAAAUACCCUUGAGGAACAUCGAACAGUCACAAGAGUACAUUGCGCCCUGCGAAUGUACCUUGUACCUUGUAAGUACACAACGGAGUAGUAUCGAAAGAUCAAUAAGAAAAUACAUAUACGUACUUUGAAAUGAGGCAGAAAAUUACAUCAUGCUUUUUUGUUGAUGACGCUAUUUUCUACAAUAUUGUGUUACAAAAUGAUGACACUUUUAUCUCGACCCUUGGCUUUUAAUAACUAUUUCAGAAAAAAACCCAUAACGUGCAGGAUACAUAAAUAUUUUAGUGAUAUUUUUCAAUUUGGAACUUCCAUACACAUUAUUUAAUUCCUAACUAAAUUUAGGUGGGUGAGAGUAUUCUUGUAGUAUGGAAACCGAUUUAAGGCGGAAUGUUCCAUGUUGUACUACUUACAGUUACAAAAGAGUUCUGUAAACUGUAAUACUGCAUUGUAAAUCAGUAUAUGACACUUUUUAAACAUAUUUAUUGACACAUGUAACACUGCAGUGAUUAUUUGAUAAUUAACGAGUUGUUGCGUAUAAGGGGAGACAACGCCGUAGACUACCACUAAUGGGUCGGUUAGCCAUUGUAUCAUGUCUUCCAAACAUUGUCUUUUUCCCGCAUCCUCGACCCCAAGUGAAAAACGAUAGUGUGAUUUUCAUGUGGGACCG